AUGCAGCAGAUAGUACUGGUGCGUUUGGAUGUUGGCCCGGAGUAUUUGAUACCACCGAAGAGUUAUUAUCGACAUAAUCGUGGCCCAGUUCAACUUUUAACUUAUUGUGUUGCAAUUGUCCGUAGUGAGCUUAAGAAUACUCAGUGCUAUGAUAUGCAGUAUACGUUUGAACAACUUAAAGAAAAAAAUGUAACAAGUACAGAUUUAUUUGAAUGGUAUGCACCAAUCGACAUAAACGAUCAAUAUGAGAGAUAUUUGAAUAGUAAUAAUGAUGACUAUUCCCAAUCAAUCUAUUGCAAUUGUUCCGGACAAUCAUUUGGUAAACGAUGUGAAUAUACAUUUCAUCGUAAACUUGAAAUAACUUUAGAGGAAUCUCAUACUAAAAUUGAUCCGUUUAAUAUUAUAAUUGACGAACAAUUUGAGAUGAAAGCUAUCACACAUACAGAUUGGGCAUGGAAUACCGAUAAUACGGUUUGUUAUGUAGGUAUUAGUCAUUGUGGAUCAAUAUGUUUAGACUGGAGGAACAUAUGUUAUGGUAAAAUUGAUUGUAGUGACGCACAGGAUGAAUAUAACUGUUUACAACUUGAACAGAACCAGUGUAACAACGAAACAGAAUAUCGUUGUAGAAAUGGUAUCUGUAUACCAAAAAUAUUUUCAUUUGAUAACUAUCCACAUUGUUUGGACGCUAGUGAUGAACUUGAAAAUAAUAAUGAGUUAUCCGCGUGGGAAAAUUGUAUGAUGAUGCCAUCAGUUGAAUGUGAGGAACAUUUUUGUGGUGUAUCCUACUUUUCAUGUGGAGAUGGACAAUGUAUGAAACUAUUAGCAAAAGAUAACGACAAUGUUUGCACAAAUAAAGCAGAUUAUCAUUACUUACGUUAUUUAUUACUAGCAAAUAAUAUGUUGAAGACUAAUAAGUGUUGGAAUUAUAUUCUCUGUAAGUUAAAUUUAAACUUGUAUAUAAAUGAUUUAAAAUGUUUGAAUACAGAAUAUACUCUUCCAGUGUGUAGCGAAGAAUUAUUUUUAUUCUCCAAUAAUUCCAUUGCAUAUCCAUCAGUCAAAUUUAUUUACAAUAAAACUUCUCGAUUUGAAGAUAUUAUACCAGAUUAUGUGUGUUAUGAUAAAAUUUUAUGUCAGCAAUAUUUUAAACCAACAAUAAUUCUUUAUAAUUUACAUUGUAAUAAAUAUGGAGAAAUCGGUUUAAAACAAAAUUAUUCACAUAACGAAUGGUUUAACAUUUUAUUUGAUAUACAAAAGUUUUUUUCAAUUUGUUCAGCAGAUAUGUAUCGUGAAUGUUCAAAUAGAGAUCUAAUUCAUUGCGGCGAUCAAUAUAAUGUAACAUGUAUAUCAAAAGAACGUUUAUUUGAUGGUGAGAUCGAUUGUAUUAAUAAACUUGAUGAAACAAUAACAAACACAUCAGAAAUAUGUAAUAUGAAUUUGAUAAAUCGUUAUCAUUGUAUGUCGAAUAAUGAUCGAUGUAUUCCUCGGCGAAAAUUAAAUUUAAUCGACAACGAAGAUUGCUUAAUAGACCAAGAUGUACUAAAAGUACGAUUAGAAAGCUGUUUAAACGGCUUAGAUAUUUCAUGUCAAUGGUUACGUGGAAUAAUGCAACUAAAUAUUCAAUAUGAAUAUCCCCAGUUGUGUGAUCAUAUUAUAGAUGUAACACUAAUGGAAUACAAUAAUAUGACAGAUGAAACUGACUGUAAUGAAUGGUUAAGUGAUUGCGAUAACAGCUGUUACAAUUAUAAACUAGCUGGCGAUGGUAUUAGUCAAUGUCUAGGUUCUAUUGAUGAACGUUUCCUUGGAUAUUGUCGUAAUAAUUAUCCAAAUGAAAAAAGUAAAAGAUUCCAUUGCAAAAAUAGUACAAUUUGUGUAGCACCAGAACAAUUAUGUGACGAAUUCGAUAAACAUUCCGUCGGAGCAUUUUUAUGUAAAGAUGAUUAUAUGAUGCCAGCAUCAAGACGAUGUUCCGCGAUCCGGCAUUGUCUAGAUAACGAAAAUAAUUUAUUUUGUGAUGUAACAGAAAUUUCAGUAGAUGAAAAAUCGACUGUUAAACAAUUAUCAUACUUUAAUGCUUAUCCAGCUCUUAAUUUCGAAGAUCUUGAUCCUGAUUUUGUCUGGUUUUGUAAUCGUGGUAUUGUUGUUUUUAAAAAACCAUAUUGGGAUUAUGAAUGUUUAUGUCCACCGAGUUAUUAUGGUGAAAACUGUGAAUAUCACAAAGAAAGAGUUUCGAUUAUAUUUCGAUUAAAUACACCUCGUUCAUAUAAACAACCAGCCAUUUUUAUUAGAUUAUACUUUUAUUUAAUAUGUACUGAUAAUCAACAAAUUAUUGAUUAUGAACAAACCAUUCAACAUCUAUAUACUGAUACUUUAGAACAAUUUCUUUUAUACUUAUUUUAUCAUCAAAAAAGAACUUGUAAAAAUUAUCAUGUUCGAAUUAAUGCAUUUUUAAUAUCUCAAUCUUUUGUAGAAUUAAAAACUGUAUGGCACUAUGAUAUAAAAUUUUCCUUUUUACCCGUUAAUCGACUAGUCUUAAUACUAGAUUCACAAGAAAAAGCCUUUCUUGAUCAAAAGAAAUGUCAUUGUAUUCAUGGUCAAUGUCUACCAUAUGUUAAUAUUAACGAAACAUAUUUCUGUAAAUGUGAUUAUGGAUGGACAGGGCUUAAUUGUAACAUAGUCGACAGGAUAUGUACGUUAGAUAUAUCUCGAAAACAUUCAUUAUGCUAUUUUGAUCAAUUAUUAACAGAUCCAAUAUCUGUUUGUCCACUAACUUAUACGGGACCAACAUGUCAUGUGCAGCUUAACCAAUGUAAAAAUGACAGUUGUCUUAAUAAUGGUACAUGUGUCGCAUUCGAUGAAAGAGGAUUACGUAAUACCAUCUGUAUUUGUACAUCAGAAUAUAAUGGCAGACGAUGCGAGGCAUUAAUUGAUAAAUUAAGUAUUGGUUUUGAAAACAAUUUAGCGACUAGCAACGAAUAUCACCUAAAUAAUCAGGUAAUUGUUGUGUAUUGGUCCUCAGUGUAUUUUGUUUCAAGGACAGGUCACAUGCUUCAUAUGGACAGAUUUUUCUUUACCAAUGUACCAAUUGAUCAAAUUUUAACAAUAUCUUUACAAAACACUGCGGGACUUGAUAUUGGUUAUGUUCAAAUGUUUAGCAAUGCAUAUAAUUCAUAUGGUGUUUAUUAUCUUAUUGCACUUAGAAACAGCCAAUACAUGCCUGCAAUACGUAAUACAUCAGUAAUAAAAAAAAAUCGUUGUCCAUAUAUUAAUGAAUUAUUAAACAAAACAAUAAUGAAGUACCAUACACUAAAAUGUGUUAAACAUUAUCAAAUACCAUGUCGACAAAAUAAAGAAUUAGUUUGUUUUCAUGAUGAAACAUACAUGUGUUUAUGUGAUCAAAAUCAUUUAAGUGAUUGUUUUAUUUUUGAUCAUCAUAAAGGUAAAUGUACUGGAAGGAACUAUUGUGAAAAUAGUGGCUUAUGUAUACAAGAUAAUGAAAAUAAUCCAUUAAAUUAUGCUUGUGUAUGUCCACAAUGUUACUAUGGUGAAAUAUGUCAAUUUACAACAAGUCAGUAUUCAAUAUCAUUAGAUGCACUAAUUGGUUCCGAAAUACAAACGAAUAAAUCAAUUGGAAAACAACCGUUGGUAAUAAAGUUAAGUCUAAUAAUGAUUAGUAUUAUGGUUACAUUUGGCUUUACUUUUAACACAUUAACAAUAAUAACAUUUUCUCAAAUAAAGUGUAGAGAAGUUGGGUGUGGUCUAUAUAUAUUAUGUAUAUCAAUAAUCGGUCAAAUAAGUUUGGUUAUAUUUACUACAAAACUUAUUUAUUUAUUAUUAACAAUAAUAAAUAAUAAAAAUAGUAGUCGUUUAGUAUGUAUUACAGUAGAAUAUUUGUUAAGAUUAUUACCUACAAUAUGUGAUUGGAUAAACACAUGUAUAUCAAUUGAACGAGCCUGCACCGUUAUAUCUGGUACAAAAUUUAACACAAAAUUAAGUAAAAGAUGUGCAAAAUGCAUUAUAGUAUCACUUAUUGUUUGCAAUAUGGCAACUAAUUUACAUGAACCAUUUCAUCGUCAAAUAAUCGAUGAUAUUAAUGGUCGUACAUGGUGUGUACAACGUUUUCAAAAUACAUACAUAAAAAUAUAUAAUUCGUUUAUAAAUAUUGUAAAUUAUAUUGUACCAUUUACAUUAAAUUUAAUAUCAACGUUUAUUAUUUUAUUUGUUUUCACUCAAAAAAAAUCAUCAGCUAAAAAUGAAUCUUUUUCUGUCACAUUCAAACAACAAAUAAAUACAUAUAAACAUAUGAUUUUUAGUCCAAUAGUAUUGGUAUUAUUAGCAUUACCAAGACUAAUAUUUUCAUUUACUUUUACAUGCAUUAAUAAAAUAUCGUGGAGAAACUAUUUGCUACUAAUCGGAUAUUUUACUUCAGCCAUGCCACAAAUGUUAACACUUUUAAUUUAUGUAUUACCAUCAAAAACAUACAGAACGGAAUUAUGGACAGUUUUUAUGAAAAUUAGAAGAAACGCAUAG